GGUUGGCAUAUUUGUUUGUUUCCCUUUCCCUCCAUCUUUUCCUUUAACGGAACAGUCUUUUCGGUACAUGGAGGCAGCCGUAGGAGCUCCGUCGAAUCACCCUUCCGUCCAAGAAGUCUUCCUAGAUUUCAAGGGCCGCAGAGCUGCCAUUGUUAAGGCCCUCACCAUUGAUUACGAAGACUUCUUUCAGCAAUGUGAUCCAGGGAAGGAUGAUCUUUGUCUUUAUGGAUUUCCUAAUGAAGUCUGGCAAGUCGAUCUACCUGCUGAGGAGGUGCCUGCAGAGAUCCCAGAGCCAGUAUUAGGUAUUAACUUUGCCAGAGAUGGGAUGAAAGAACGGGACUGGGUAUGCUUUGUUGCUGCGCACAGUGAUACAUGGUUAAUAGCUGUGGCUAUGUUUUUUGGAGCAAGAUUUGGGUUUGAUAAGGCUGAUAGGGAUAAUCUUUUUAAUAUGAUAAAUGAUCUUCCAACAGUAUUCGAGGCUGUUGUUGGGAAGGUCAAGAAACAAGGAAAGAAAAAGUCACCAGUUUCUAAUCAUAACAACAAAUCUAAAUCAAACUUCAAGAAAGGUUCUGAAUCUCAAGAAAAUUAUUCAAAAACAAUGGAAUCAAAGGAAGAUGAGGAAGAAGAGGAAGAAGAGGAGGAGGAAGAGCAGGGAGAGACACCUUGUGGGACAUGUGGAGAGAACGAUGCGGGUGGUGUGGAUGGAUUCUGGAUUUGUUGUGACAUUUGUGAAAGGUGGUUUCAUGGGAAAUGUGUGAAGAUUACCCGUUCUAAGGCUGCCUAUAUCAAGCAUUACAAAUGUCCAUCUUGCAGCAUCAAGAAGCUCGUCAAUUGUAGUUUCUAGUUAUAAUCUAUUUCAGAUUUAUAUUAGUAUCUUAGGUACCAACUUGGACAUUUAUGACUGUUAAUUUGCACAUUUAUAUUAGGAAUCUAAAUCCGAGCCUGAGAAUAAGGGCUUGAACUUUUAAACCCAAUUGCGAUAUCAGUUUAUAAAU